AUGGAUCAAGCAAAGCAAUUUGCGGUAAACUGGAGCAAUCAUAUGGCCCACAUAAAACAAGCGUUUGAUAAUUUAUUAAACAAUAACGAUUUCACGGAUGUAACAUUGUAUGUAGAAGGUAGAAAAAUAGGGGCUCAUAAAAUGUUGCUUUCAGCGUGCAGUAAUUACUUCAAAGAUCUGUUUCACGAGUUCCCCGAGGAGCAUCCGAUAGUAGUACUCAAAGGGGUCAGGUGUAGUGUUUUGGAGGAUAUUUUGAAAUUUAUAUACAACGGAGAAGUUAAUGUAGAUAGCAAUCACUUUAAUAACUUUCUACAAACCGCUGAAUUUCUGCAAAUAAGCGGGUUUACAGAUACACAAAAUUAUCCAGAAUAUGAAUCGGGUAUAGUUAAUGGUACUUCUCUAACCAAUUCUAGUCGGGUUAAAUUGAAGAAAAGGAAAAGAUGCCCGAAUAGUAAGGAAGAAAAAGAUUUUAACACAACUUUUACUAACAUUUGCGACAUUCAAUUGGAAUCGCAAGAUUUAACCGAUUGUGUAGCAGACGAGAUUGUUGUUAAAAAAGAAAUAACCGAAGAAGAUCCUCCAGAUAACGCACAAGAAAGUAUCCCUGUUGAUAAUUUAACUUGCCCGAUAUGCUUCAAAGUAUUCACCCAUCCUUAUAGUUUACAUCACCAUAAACCAGUGCAUUUAGGACGAACGAAAUGUCCUAUUUGUAACGUGGUGCUCUCUAGAAAAUAUAAUUUAAAAAUGCAUUUAAAAUCGAAGCACAAUGUCGCAUAA